AUGGCUCCAUUGCCGGAAAUUCGAUUGACCGCAUUUAUACGACCAUUCACGCACACGGGUUUAGACUAUUUCGGGCCGGUGUUUGUGAAGCAGGGUCGUAGUCUGGCCAAGCGUUGGAUCGCACUAUUCACGUGCCUGUCGAUCAGAGCGGUGCAUCUAGAGGUAGUACAUAGCCUAUCAACCCAGUCCUGCGUGAUGGCCAUUAGGAGAUUCGUGGUACGCAGUGGUUCACCAACGACAUUUAGCUCCGAUAACGGGACCAAUUUCGUUGGAGCAAACAAUUUAUUACAAAGGCAACUAAAAACAAUCUACGAAGACUGCGCCGUAACAUUUACCAAUUCCGACACCAAGUGGCUCUUCAAUCCACCGCUAGCGCCUCAUAUGGGAGGUUUGUGGGAGCGCAUGGUCAGGUCGGUGAAGACAGCGAUCGCGGAUCAUCCGCAUCAUCCCAGUGACGAGGUCCUGGAAACAGUAGUGCUUGAGGCUGGAUCGGUGGUAAACUCGAGGCCCCUCACAUACAUCCCACUAGAAUACGCAGAACAAGAGGCACUAACGCCGAGCCACUUCCUUCUCUACGGAACGAAAGGCGUGCAUCAACCAUCUCAGAUCCUGGUCAGGGAUACGGGAACAUUGCGGGAUAGCUGGAAGUUGGCGCAGCACCUAGUGGACACAUUCUGGAGUCGCUGGGUCCGCGAAUAUCUGCCGACGCUGACAAGGCGCACCAAAUGGUUCCAUCCGGUGAAACCACUGAAACCCGGAGAUUUAGUGAUUGUGGUCGACGAAAGAAAUAGAAAUGGUUGGAUUCGAGGUCGCAUCAUGGACGUCGUGAAGGCGAAGGACGGGCAAGUUAGAAGAACGAUAGUGUACACGAUGAGAGGAACGAUAAGUCGACCAGCAACCAAGUUAGCAUUGCUGGACGUUCAAGGAUCUCCGGAUGAUGUGGUCUCAGGCGUACCGGACCUACACGGGCCGGGGGAUGUUAGCGGACCCACUGUGCAAUCGUCACCUAACGUCUGA